AUGGCCAGGCUCACGGUUCUUGCAGGCUUGUGCUUGGUGCUGUGUCACUUUGCAACAUCCAGGCAACUGGCAUGCUAUUUCACCAACUGGUCUCAAUACCGACCUGGUGCUGGAAAAUACAUACCUGCUAAUGUAGAUCCCUUCCUGUGUACACAUCUGAUUUAUGCCUUUUCUAUUAUUAACUAUGCCAAUGAGCUUGUCACUUAUGAAUGGAAUGAUGAAACCCUCUACCAAUCCUUUAAUGCUUUAAAGAAAACUAACCCUCACCUUAAAACUCUCUUGGCUGUUGGUGGAUGGAAUUUUGGCUCGACUCAGUUUUCCAUUAUGGUCUCCUCACCUGCCAACCGUCAAAAAUUCAUCCAGUCAUCCAUCUCCUUCCUAAGGAAUCAUGGAUUUGAUGGUCUGGACUUGGACUGGGAAUACCCAGGUUCCAGAGGUAGCCCUCCUGAGGACAAACAGAGAUUUACUUUAUUGUGCAAGGAACUGGUGGAAGCUUAUGAGGCAGAAGGUAAAGCCACUGGACGACCUAAGCUCAUGCUUACUGCUGCAGUAUCUGCUGGCAAAGGGACAAUUGAUGCUGGAUAUGAAAUAGCAAAGAUUGCAAACUAUCUUGAUUUCAUCAAUGUGAUGACCUAUGACUUCCAUGGAACUUGGGAGAGCUUCACAGGACACAACAGCCCCCUGUAUCAGGGAUCUGAAGACUUCGGAGAUCUUGUGUAUUUCAACACUGAUUAUGCAAUGAGAUACUGGAGGGACAACGGUACCCCUGUGGAGAAAUUGAGGAUGGGAUUUGCCACAUAUGGUCGUACCUUCCGCCUCAGUUCUUCAGCUACUGGAGUUGGUGCUCCAGCCAGUGGACCAGCUUCUGCUGGACCUUAUACCCGGGAGGCUGGCUUCUGGUCCUACUAUGAGAUCUGUGGAUUCCUUCAGGGAACUAAACUUGAGUGGAUUGAGGAUCAGAGAGUACCAUAUGCUACAAAGGGUGGUGAAUGGGUUGGAUUUGACACCAGAGAAAGCUUUGAAAUCAAGGUAAGGUAUCUACAAGACAACAAGUUGGGGGGGGCUUUUGUUUGGGCUCUAGAUCUGGAUGACUUUGCUGGGGAGUUCUGUGGGCAAGGGAAGCAUCCUCUUAUGGGUCACCUACACAAACUCCUGAAUAUUGUUGUGCCUCCAACUACUACCCCCGAACCAGGUCAAUCAACCACCCCAAAACCUACCACAACUACCACAACUACCACAACUACCACACAUGAGCCUGGAAGUGGAUUCUGUGCUGGAAAGCCUGAUGGCCUUUAUGCUCACCCUGAAGACCCAACUAAAUUCUAUAGCUGUGCUGGAGGUAAAACAUUUGUAAAUCGGUGUGGAGAUGGAACAGUGUAUGAUAACGCAUGCAAGUGCUGUGCCUGGGCUAAGCCUUGA